GAUUCGAUCCAAGGAAAUGGGUGUGUGAUAUUAUAUGCUGGAUUCUGAUGCUUGUUUGGUUUGAUCGAUUCUCUUGGAUUAUUGAUAAAGCAGAGUUACUGACUUACUGUACAAAGGAAAAGUUUUCACCCUCCUUCGAGUCGAGACAUGAAAAAGAGAAAAACUUUUCUUGUUUCUAGUUUUGUGUCCUCUCAUUAAGCUGAUUGAUUGGUUUCCUCUCUGUCAUACUAUCCCACUUGGCUCCGGUACUACUUCAGCUGAAUCGUUUGCGUAAAUAUCUUUGGGGACUGAAGAAAAAGAAUCUCAUGUGGUGGUCAUUGAUCUUGUUCUCACUAAAGGCUCAUAAUACUACUGGUGUUACACAAGUGGUUGUUAGAAAUAGAUAAGCUCAUAAGGCCAUUUUGAAGUUAUCCUUUGGUUUGUGCUAUUGGUUUGUCAUGUAAAACCACCUCUUUGCUUUCUCAAAGGUUCAAAUGGUUAGAAUAGAGACUAAGGGUUAUUGACCUUACUUUAGUUUAUAAUAACUUUGCACUUUGAAGCCCUUAAUGCGGCUGAUUAGGUGAAGUAAUUACUAUGCUCUUUUAGUGCUUCUUCCACUAUUUCUAUGUGGAUUAUUUUAUCCUGCCAAAUCCUCCGGAAAUGCCAUUUCAGUUGCUAUAAAUGUGUCAGGUUACACAAGUAGUAUAUGCAUAAUCUAGUCUUCUUUAAAAUGGGAACCCAUGUUUUAUCUCGCAUUUUAUUCCUAGUUCUCUGCAUCUACAGCCUUAGAACCAUGGUUGAUGCAGCUGGAGAAUGCGGGCGAAAUCCCCCAGAUAGAGAAGCCAUCAAGCUGGCUCCUUGUGCAAUGGCUUCACAAGACACAUCUGCAAAAGUGUCUCCAACUUGCUGUGCUCGAGUGAGAGAGAUGGGAAAGAACCCUAAAUGCCUUUGCGCUGUCAUGCUUUCUUCCACAGCUAGGAGCUCUGGAGCAAAGCCAGAGAUCUCAAUGACAAUUCCUAAACGUUGCAACAUCGCUAGUCGUCCCAUUGGAUACAAGUGUGGAGCUUAUACUCUGCCUUGAAGCAGCAGACCGAGCAGUAUACGUGAUCUUCAAAACCAAUCUAAAUUGCUGUCACACGUUCACAUGUGUAUGACUUGUAGUUUCAAUAAAAAUUUGGAUCAAAACGGUGAUUGAUCAUGAAAUGAUAUGACUUGCUACUGA